AAGCACGAAGAUUAUGCUGCCGACAUGUUGUACUAUAUGUACUGUACAAAGAUCCAGCGAACAAGCGUUCUUGGCUUUCCUGCACCCUGUUGUGUCUCAAGUGGACAGAGUGAACAAGAUGUUCGAGGGAGAAGACUGCAACGUUAGCAAACUGCUAGCAGAGCUGAUGUCUCUUUACCAGUCCAUCCUCACGCGACUCAUGAUGCCAAGGACCUUCUCUUCAUGGGAAGCUGUGAUAAAUUUUGAUGUGGACAAUGAUCGCAACGCGAGAGCACAGUCUGCGACCUGGCAACCCUGCAAGACCUGCCGCCGCCAGCAGGAUGGGUAGAGUGAAGUGUGAAGGGUGAAGGGUGAAGGGUAGAGAGUAAAAAACAGCAAGGUGUGGGUGCAGGAUGACACGCCGACAGCAGGAUGGGCAGAGUGACUGGUGAAGAGUGAAGCGUGGAGCAUGAAGGGUGAAGGGUGAAAGACAGCAAGGUGUGGGUGCAGGAUGACAAGGGGUGUGUGGAGGCAGGGACACUGAAGCAUGAAGUGACCGAUGGAGUCUGUGUGCGUGGCAGCGGACAGCGACGUCACCCGUGUGAUGAGUGAUAAGGUCCUUCUCGCAUGAAAUCCAAACAAGCGAGUUAUAUCUGCUCUCUGACAACGGAUGGCCUCUGAGCUCCAAUAUCCGCUGUUCAACUCUUCACAGACCUCAUACUUCAAACGUAUAUUUCAUUACCUAUUUAUUUACAUUUAUCUAUUCAUUUAUUUAUUUUUAUCAUUUUUUGUGGCCUAGAGAGAGAGAGAGAGAGAGAGAGAGAGAGAGAGAGA